AUCGGCGAAUUGUACACAAACAAAACCAUUCGCAUCCACAGCGCGCAAUGUGCAGUGUCCCCACGGGUUGGCAGGGUUUUCUCCGAAUUGAUCUAUUAAGUUUGCAUUCUUGAAGGAUACGUACGAUUGCUGAUGUUACCAUGAGCACCACGAAACCGACACCGACAAGGCAAAAGAAGAAAAAGCCGCCUGCCAAUGGUGAACCGGCAGCUCGCAGCGUAAAGAAGGUUUCGGCAGUGGAGCUGCAAAAGUUAAUGGCUACCCAGGGACAGCCAGGCAAGCCGGGCAAAGUGAUUGGCGUAACCAAGGUUUCUCACGGUACGGUUUCAGACACCAGCGCACCGAGGAUAGCGAUAAAAGAUGAGCCCAAUUGGGAACAUAACCCACUAUCGGAGGAAGAGGCGGGUAUAGUUAGCUCUUUUUCCGAUUCCACGGAUGUAACCGACGAUUUUUCCGAACUGGUCGUAGACCCAUGCACGCCUGUCAAAACGAUGGAAGACUUUGAGGACAUCAUUGAAUACGGCGUUUGCAGAGGCGAGAUCGACGAUGACACACCGAUCGUUACCACCAGGCGAGAGCUACGACAGAUUAUAAAAGACGCUUUUCAGACCCACUUGCGUUCGAUAAAUACCCGGUUGGCCAGUAUCGAGGGUUCGAUCGGUUUGCUGCUGAAUAGUGUCGCUGUUCCCAACGACGGCGAGGUGGAGGACUAUAUACCGACGGCGAACUCGUUUGAAUUUAAAAUCAUCGACAACAGCGAGGAUCUGGAGCUGUUGAACGAGCGUUUGGAAACGGAUGAAGAGUACGCCAAGAAGCUGCUCCAGUGGCUGCAAGCGCGGCUAUGCACGAAUGAGAGCAAAAAACGCAUGUCCAGAGCGCUGAGUGCUAUGUUUACCCUGGAGUUUCUCUGUACCGUUACCUGGACCGGCAAAGGGAAGCAGGCCAAACUAGCAAUGUCACGGUACAAAGCGGUGGUUCAACUGUUUAAAACAAUAGGCACUACCCGGCUCUGUACGAUUGACGACCGAGCGGUGGCAGAUUUUUUCAUUGUUAAGCUACGCUACACAGGGUUAAAUUUAAAACGACGAAAAGAUAAAAAAUAGCAGGAAGAGUUUGUUUUGCAUUUGUAACAUUAGGAGAGUAAAGUAUCGUUUUACGCUAGACUAAAUGUAUUGAACACAGUGACCGAUAAGUGUAAAAAGACAGUAAACAUCUGUUCCGAUCGGCAGUGUAUGGGUUUACUUAACACACCAAGGAGUUAUCCCAGCGCUUACAACAAUAUUCAACCUUUUCAUGAGUUACUAACCUAAGUAAUUUGAGGAUGUAAAGUUUAGAAGAUUUACCCUUUCUUUAUUUCGAAUAUGUUUACCGUUUGUUAGUUAGGUGUCUGCUAAACACUGUAUUAUGUAUUACAAAACAAACAUGACAUUCAGAUUCAGUAGGAUGUUAAAUAGAAUGGGUUCUUUUUAGUCAUUUGUGAGAUCCAUUCAUAACUCUGGGGUCUGAACUCUACAUGCUUCAACGUUAGUAUCCUUUGUACGGUGAUUAUACACAAUUCGUUAAUGAUACUUGCGGCACGGUUUGAUGAUUAAACUGUGCAAUUCUGUGUUCAAUUAAACUGAUAAUUUCAUUCGAAAUCGUACAACA